CUUUGAAUGAUAGAUAAUUGUAGAAAUAAUUAUUUACAAUAUGAUACAAUUAUUAAUCCAUGAUAAGAUAAGCUGUUUCACAUAUUUUAUUUUUGAUAACAGUGUCUGGAAACGACUUUUGGAAUAAUUAUUUCUCUCUGAAAUGGCUUCAAAUCAGAUAGAAAAAAUUGUUAAUUUAUACAAGAUCAUAGCCAAAAAUCCAUCUCUAAGUGGUGCAAGGAUUUUAGAAGCUGGCAAUAAUGGAAUAUCAAUUUUAAGUGGAUGGUCGCAAAGGAAUUUAGAAAGAAAAACAAAUCAAAAGUUUUAUCAAACUCAUGUUUUGAAUUCAGAACUUCAAGUACAGUCAGAAAGUUUUCCUAUUGAUGUUACAACAGAACUUCUCUCUGCUUUUACUGCAGAUGAACAGCGUAAAGCUGUGUUAAGACAAGCUACAGUGGAUAAUUCUACAAAACAAUUCAUUGAAAUUUGGGAUAAACAAAGACUUGUGAAGAAUUAUGACCUAGCUGCUUUGGAUGUACAUGGAGAUGUGUACACUGAUUCCGAAUUUUCUUCUUUUGAGUGGUCCCCAGACAACACAAAAGUAUUAUAUAUUGCUGAGAAAAAACUUCCAAAAUCAGAUCCAUUUUAUAAACAAAAACCUCUUAAUAAGAAAGAUAAAAAGGAAGAAGAUGAGGUAGCAGUGGGUAAUGAAUAUAUUUACAAGCCUCACUGGGGAGAACAAUUAGUAGGUAAACAUCGUUCGGUUGUCGUGGUUCUCGACACCACGACCGACGUAAUUUCAGCUCUCUCAGGUAUACCAGAUGAACUUUCACCUGGUCAAGUAAUAUGGACAGAAGAUAGCCAAGGAAUAGUUGGUGUAGCAUGGAGACAUGAACCAAGAUAUUUAGGUCUUAUUGCUUGUACCAAUAGACUUUCUUCGAUAUUUUUACUAAAAGAUGGACAGUACAAAAAAAUUUCUGAUCCUGGAUGUGCUGUACGUUGUCCGAGAUUUAGUCCCGAUGGAAAUUAUUUAAUUUGGUUAGAAAGAGAAGCUGGUGGCCCGCAUCAUAAUGCACACAGACUUAUGCGUCUUGAAUUUCGCUCUAAACCAACGCCUGAUGUACUUGUAGAUGUUGUACAUAAAAGUAUACCCAUUAAAAAUGCUAAACAUUUCUAUGGUUUGUACGGUCGCUUACCACGUCGCUGUUGGAGUAAUAAUUCACAAUAUAUAUUUUUAACUACACCUCAACAAAAUAAUUCACUUUCUUACAUUGUCGAUACAAAAACGAAAACUAUCACCGAAAUUGUAAAUGAUAAGAGUAGUCUUACCAUUUUGGACGUAAAAGAUGAUAUUAUCGCAUUUUUGGAAACAUCCAUUAUAGAACCUGCGUUCUUGACAGUAGGGAAGUUUAAUUUAGAAGCAGUUAAUAACGGUACCAUAAAAAGGCAUGAAGUAUCAGCUAUCACGAAGAUUCUUACUUCUGAUAAUUUCAUGUAUGAACCGUCCGAAUAUGACUAUGAUAAUGAUAAUGAAAUUAAGCAUUUUAACUACAUUUACUUUGGGCCAAAAAAUGGGGAAGACAAAUCUGUACCUUUUGUAAUUGUUCCCCAUGGUGGACCUCAUUCUAAUUAUGCGAAUGCAUUUACACUCGAUUAUGUUUUGUUUGUAUUAUCAGGCUUGGCAGUGGUGCAAGUUAACUAUCGUGGCUCUACGGGAAUGGGUGCAAAGAACGUUGAAUAUCUUCAAGGAAGAGUUGGGGAUGUUGAUGUGAAAGAUUGUGUGACUGCCACACAAGAGGCUUUAAAGAAGUAUCCAUGGUUGAAUCCAAAACAAAUAGGAAUUAGUGGGGGUUCACAUGGUGGAUUUUUAGCAGCUCAAUUGAGUGCCCAGUAUCCAGAUUUAUACAAAGCUAUUGUUGCAAGGAAUCCAGUAAUCGACAUCGCUGCCAUGUUCACUAUAUCAGAUAUUCCAGACUGUCGCAAUGCCCUGAGUAAGGAAGAGAAAAUUAAGUACCACCAUGAUGUGUGUGCCGCUGUAGUCGGUUACUUUUUCGACGAGUGUUUACCAUUAUCGGAAUUGGAUCAAGUUGAGAUGCUUGUUAAAAUGUUUCGAAGUUCUCCAAUUAUUCAUGUUAAUAAGGUUAAAGCUCCAACUUUAUUAUGCAUUGGAUCGAAUGAUUUACGUGUACCUGCCUCUCAGGGAAAGUUGUGGUAUCAACGUCUUAAAGCAAACAACGUAAAAACAAAGAUGCUACUUUACGAGGAUAAUCAUCCUUUAGCAUCAGGACCAGUUGAAAUUGAUAAUGUUAUUAAUGCUUGUUUGUGGUUACACGAACAUCUCUCAGAGAAAAAAGUUGAAGAUUCAGGUUUACAGAAGUAAUAAUAAGUACGGUAAAUAUUAUAAUCAUUUCAAUAUUUUUUAAUAAUUUUAUUAUGAGAAAUGUAAUGUUUAUACUGUCAUCGUGUAUACAUUUAUAACAAAUAAAUUUUCAAAAUAUACACAUGUC